AUGAAAAAUACGACUACUUUCGAUCAAACAUCCCACAAUAAAACAAGGAUUGCUCUUAUUGGCGACAGUUAUGCAAAAGAUCUUUUUAAUGCAAUAAUUGAAAGCAAACAACUGUUAAACUAUCAAAUACGAGUUCAUUUUAUUCAGCAACGUUGUCAGAUCUAUUUGGGACCAGAAGAUCUACAAAAAUGGAUCCCAGCUAAAGCUAUACAAUUUUGUAAAGCAAAUAAAGAAUAUCAUAUUAAAUAUGCCUUGCCAUUGAUUCGUCAAGCCAAUAUAAUUUUUCUCGCUGGUCGAUGGCGACAAUGGAGUGCUCUACGAUUAUCGUCGACAAUAAAAGCGCUCAAUCUAACACGAGAUCAACAAGUAUUCGUUAUUGGUGCUAAACAUUUUGGUAAAGUCAAUCCGAGGUUGUAUGUUGACAAAACAAAUGAAUAUCGAAUAAAACAACGUCAAUUUCCACCGACUGAUGAAUUAAUAAUAAAUGAAAUUCUAGAAAAAACGAUCGAUAAAUCGAUGUUCGUCAACGUGCAAAAGAUGCUGUGCACUGGUCCUAACAAUACAUGUCCACUAUUUACUCCCGAAGGAAAAUUGAUUACAUACGACGGUUAUCAUUUAACAAAAUAUGGUGCUGGUUACUUAGGCAAGAUUCUUUUUAGCAAUUCACCAUUGAAUCGAUUGUUGUAG